UAUAGGAUCCUAAACCUCGUGGUAGUUGUUUUAUGUUGUUCGCAGGCUGCGUCGCAGGCUGCGUCGCAGUGAUGGCGCGGGUCAUAGCCCGUCUCCUGGCUCGCGCACGCUGUUCAGUAUCUGUCGCCCCCUGCCACCCUGACUCUGCCCUCGCAUCCUCUCUCUGGUCGUCUGGCCCUCGCCAUUCCAUCCGCCCAUGCUUCGACUCUACCCCUCAUGGCCUUCUCAGGCGGCACCUUGCGGGCGUUGCGAACCCCGUCGAGGUGCGUGAGCAGUUAUGGCGGGAGAAUAUGGAGAAGAUCCGGAAUAUUGGAAUUUCGGCGCACAUUGAUUCAGGGAAAACUACGCUGACGGAGCGGGUGCUUUUUUAUACUGGGAGGAUUCAUGAAAUUCAUGAGGUGCGCGGAAAGGAUGGAGUCGGCGCGAAGAUGGAUUCUAUGGACCUGGAACGAGAGAAGGGAAUUACCAUUCAGUCCGCUGCUACGUACUGUACUUGGGGUGAUAAUCAGAUUAAUAUCAUUGAUACACCAGGCCAUGUCGAUUUUACUAUUGAAGUUGAAAGGGCUCUUCGCGUGCUUGACGGAGCGGUACUCGUGCUUUGUAGUGUGGGAGGUGUGCAAAGUCAAUCCAUUACAGUUGAUCGACAAAUGAGGCGAUACAACGUGCCCCGUGUUGCCUUCAUCAACAAGUUGGAUCGAUCGGGAGCCGAUCCCUGGAAAGUUAUUGAUCAGGUGAGGAAAAAGCUCAAACACAAUUGUGCAGCUGUUCAGUUCCCAAUCGGAUUGGAAGAUCAAAUCAAGGGCCUUGUCGAUCUUGUUCACAAUCAAGCGUUUUACUUUCAGGGAGCCCACGGAGAGAAGGUAUUGAAAGGAGACAUACCAAGUGAGAUCGCAGCAGCAGUGGCUGAGAGAAGACGGGAGCUAAUUGAGUCUGUUUCAGAGGUGGAUGAGGAAUUGGCGGAUUUGUUUUUAAACGAUGAACCAAUCUUGCCUGAAAUUCUUUCGGGCGCCGUGCGAAGGGCGACUCUCAACCUGCAAUUUAUACCUGUGUUUAUGGGUAGCGCAUUCAAAAAUAAGGGAGUUCAGCUGCUAUUAGAUGGUGUUGUGGAAUACUUACCCAAUCCACUUGAGGUUUCUAAUCACGCUCUUGAUCAGCACAAAGGCGAAGAAAAGGUAGAGCUGACUGGGUCUCCAUCGGGGAAGCUAGUUGCACUUGCUUUCAAAUUGGAGGAAGGUCGUUUUGGCCAGCUGACGUACUUGAGGUUAUACGAGGGUACAAUGCGAAGAGGUGACUUUAUCGUUAACUCUACUACAGGUCGCAAGGUUAAAGUCCCUAGGCUAGUGCGAAUGCAUGCCGAUGAUAUGGAGGAUAUUCAAGAAGCACACGCUGGAGAAAUUGUUGCAGUCUUUGGUGUUGAAUGUUCUUCUGGUGAUACCUUUACAGAUGGAUCUGUAAAGUACACUAUGACAUCAAUGAAUGUUCCAGAGCCCGUGAUGUCACUUGCCAUUGCUCCUUCUUCUAAAGACGUUGGUCCUCAGUUUUCAAAGGCUCUGAAUCGGUUUCAAAAGGAAGACCCAACAUUCCGAGUCAGCUUAGAUCCAGAUAGCGGUCAGACCAUUAUUUCGGGAAUGGGAGAGCUGCAUCUAGAUAUCUAUGUGGAACGCAUUCGUCGUGAAUACAAGGUCGAUGCCGUAGUCGGAAAGCCACAAGUAAAUUUUAGGGAGACCAUCACACAACGAGCUGAAUUUGAUUAUCUUCAUCGAAAGCAAAGUGGAGGACAGGGUCAAUACGGUCGUGUUGUAGGAUACAUCGAACCCUUGCCUGAAGGAAGUGAGAAAAAAUUUGAGUUUGAGAAUAUGAUGGUUGGACAAGCUGUUCCCUCUCAAUUUAUUGCGGCUAUUGAAAAAGGCUUUAUAGAAGCCAGCAACUCAGGCGCGUUGAUCGGUCAUCCGGUGGAAAAUUUGCGAGUGGUUUUGACUGACGGUGCCUCGCAUGCUGUAGACUCUAGUGAACUUGCUUUCAAGCUGGCUGCUCUGUAUGCGUUCCGUCAGUGUUAUGCGGCAGCAAGGCCUGUUAUUUUGGAACCGGUAAUGCUUGUGGAGCUUCGGGCUCCUGUAGAGUUUCAGGGUUCUAUUAUUGGGGAUAUCAACAGGAGGAAAGGCAUUAUCGUAGGCAGCGACCAAGAGGGUGAUGAUGCAGUCGUUUUGGCUCAUGUACCGUUGAACAACAUGUUUGGCUAUUCAACUGGUUUGCGCUCCAUGACACAGGGUAAGGGAGAAUUUACGAUGGAAUAUUACCAGCAUGCAGCUGUGCCACAAGAUGCUCAAGCAGUACUUGUUAAGGAGUACACAAACAAAAGAGUCGUCUAGAAAAAAAUUCCAAAGCUCACUGAGCUCUCCACUCAUGAAAACUGUGUGGAGUAAAUUUUUGGUAGGCACUUCUGCGAUUACAGUGGUGCUCCCACUUGCUGAUAAUACCAAUUUUCAUCCAAGAUCAAGUCAAAAUGCAGUUUCCUGCCCUUUAUUCGUUAAGAUAUUACGAACCCAUACGUUUAGAUUAUUCAACCAUAGGACAUUCCCCUUUUCAUCUUAUAAUAAGGGCGAGUACCAAUAGUAUAGAACUACCACAUAUUUUUAAUUACUUAUUACUGCAGGAAAAUUCAAUGUAAUUAUCAAACAGUGAGCUCAUUUUCUGCUUAACCUUUUUGCAAAAGAAUGUUGGCAACUAUUCGCAUUUGAUUGUAGAUUUA